AUGGGCAGGAGGAUGUUGGAAGGCGGGAGUGAGAAAAAAUGUAAUGGCUUCUCGAAAACAACUUGUGCGUUGACAAAAGCUUGUCCUCAGACUAAUGCAGCUUUUGGCAAACCUGGCUUUAGUAAAAUUUAUGAUGGCUGUUCUUCUGAAGACAGAUAUUGUCUGAAUAGACCAAACAUGUUUAAAAUUCCACCAAACUUGCAAUGUCCAAGUGUUGAUGAGAACUACAGGCUCUGGGCACUGCAGAUACCAGCUGGUCUGAACUCAAACAGGUGUGACCAGGCAUUUUUGGGGCAGCAUGCCCGGGAAGGAAACAAGCUAGGAUGUAACCAAAGCCAUGCAGAUGAGGAUGGAGUUGAGAAGGAAGCAUCUAAGAAAACUGCUGAAAGCUUUGAACAAACCCUACAUACUUAUAUUAAAAUAAAAACAAGAAGUUUGGCUGCUAGGGUGAAAGCAUCGAAAAAAAGCCAGGUAUGCACCACAGAUAAGAACAGUCGUUUUGGGGAGCAGUUCUCACAAGCCAUAGAAGUGGUUACAGAAGUUUGUCUCACUGUUCUAUGUUCCUUGGAAAAGAUGCAGAAGACUUGGACAGAGAACAACUUAAAUCAAAAAAGGAUUCAAUUAUGCAGAAAUGUGGAAGAAACAGAUGAAUUGAUUAUCAGGUGAGAUGAGCUGCAGCAGAAUUUGUGUUCAGCAGUGACAGAAUUAAUUUUGGAAGUGGAUCAACCUCCCCUCUCUGAGCACUCAAGAGCAUUACAGGAGCUGACAGCUUCUCUGGAGAUGAUGUAUGGUCAAGAUUCUGAAGCAGAUGACUCGGAGGUAUUUCAUUACUUCUUUGAGUGGAUGAGUGUUAAAAUGAAGAAAUUAAUUGGUGUCAGAAAUAAUAUGGACACAACUCUGCAAAUUCUUGCUGACUGGUUCAGUGACAUCCAAAAAUGUACGAAGAACAAUCAGUCUUUCCUGUUGGAGCAUGAUGAACCACAGAAGUACACAAUAAGUACUAUUAUAAGUACUUACAAUAAAGCUAUAAAUAAAGUUCACCACGAGCAAAGUAUAAUCACUGUCAUACAGAAUAGAUCCUUGGCCAGUGUUGAGGUAAAAAAACAGGCACAGGAGUUGUUGAAUAGAAGACAUGUUAUUCACUAUUUAUUAUCUGUUAAGAAAACUGUGAAAAGCUUAGAGGCCCAGUUAAAAAGUCAGCUUCUGUUCCAGCUUUCAGGGUUCCUCACUAUUCCUCAGAGAGCUUUAAAGAAGCUUCGCAUUCAAAACCAGGAAUUUGGCAUAAAAGAAGAUGGAACACAUGAAGUAGAGGUUUUCAUGGAUGAUAAAAUGAAAUCCCUUCUCCUGAAUUUGUUCUGCUGUAACAGACUGAUGCCUGAGCAGGUGCUGUGGAAUGAUUGCUUCCUCACAGUUGAUGUGAUUCCAGUUUCACUGCACCCAGGUGAAGAGUAUGAGCCGCAUAAAAAACAAAAUUCUGAGACAACAGAUAGAAAAAAAAGUGAUUAACCAAGGAGAAUGGAGCAAACCCUACUCAAGAGAUGAAAACUUUUCCAUCAGGUGUUUUGAGACUUCUGUUUUGAAAUCAUUGACCUGAUCUGAAGUCCUAAAGUAUAAAAGGUUAUAUAUAAAGUAUAAAUGGUAGGUGCAUUAAUUUUUUGAGAUUA